UAUUUGCCUCUGUGUUUUUGUGCGUUGUUAAUAAAGCUUCAUUGGAUUGAAAAGACGGUUAAUCUGUCAGAUUAGCGCUGUCUUCAGUCUGUUAGCAGUUAGCAGAUUAGCAGAGUGCUGAUAAUCCCUGAGUGCUGCGGUUCCUUUGUGUCAGUCAGCAUGUGGACCAUGAGGAAGAAGGUCCUGCUCUCAGUGCUCCUGGCUGUGUCGGUGUCAGCGUAUGUGGAGCAGCUCGAUGACUCCUUCCUGGAGACAAGGACAGCAGAUGACAUCUGGCUUAUCAAAUUUUACGCCCCCUGGUGUUCGUUCUGUAAACAGCUGGAUCCUGUUUGGCAUCAGGUCGGCUCUGAGCUGAAGAGUCUCGGCUCGCCCGUCAACGUUGGCAAAUCAGACGCCACGGCAAGCACCGGUUUGGCCAAAGAGUUCAGGGUCAGAGGUUACCCAGCCAUCCUCAUGUGGAAGAAAGAUGUGAAGUAUAAUUACUCCGGACCGAGGACUAGAGACGGGAUCCUUGACUUUGCUAACAGAGUUGGAGGGCCGCUGGUUCGAUCCCUGAGCAGCCCGAAGCUGUUCCAACAUGCCAUGAGCCGCCAUGACAUCAUGAUUGUUUAUGUUGGAGCCACGUCACCCCUGAAGGGAAACUUCACGUCAGCAGCAGAAGAGCUGAUCGUUCACACCUACUUCUUCUCUGCAUCCAGGGACGUCCUCCCUAAGCGUUUGUUUCAGGUGGUGUCGCUGCCCUCUCUGCCUGCGGUUGUGGUGUUUAAGGAUGGGACCUUCUUUACCUUUAACGAGGAAGUUGACGGUGAUCUGAAGUUGUGGAUUACCAGAGAACGCUUCCCGAGCUUCUUAAAGAUCGACAGCUACACGCUGUACGCCAUGGGGGAGACAGGUAAACUGGUCUUGUUGGCCCUGGUGGAUAGAGGACUGAGUGAGGAGGGUCUGAGGUUCAAACGACUCGUGGAGAAAGUGUCCACAGAUCACAGAGAGACCUACAGCAGGUCCUUUUAUUUUGGCUUCAUGGAUGACAGUGAAUACAUCAAAGGUCUUGUGAUGGAUGAUGUCAUCGUUCCCUCCUUCAUUGUGGUAAAUCUGUCCAAUGAUGGCUACUUCCUGCCACCAGUCGCCGUGGAGACAGAGCGUCACCUGCUUGACUUCCUGGACGGGGUUCAGGAGGGGAGCUUGGAGACUCAGGGAGGAAACAGCAUCACUCAGCGCGUCAGACGCUUCAUUUACGACGCCAAAACCACGCUGCAGCCCGUGUUCAGUCAGGCACCGGUGCUUGGGUUCUUCCUGCUCGGCGUCCCGGUCUGCCUCACCGCGGUCUUCUGCUUCCUGUGCCUGAAGAAACGUCCCACCGUGUACGAAGAAGACGAGGACGAUGACGGGGAUGGCGUGCUUCUAGCUUCGUCGGUUCAGCGACGCAAAAAACCGACGGACAAAAAGUCUGACUGAUGAAGGCGAUCAGGGGGAAGAGCUUAACGGGGGAAUAAAGAUGACAUCAUGUUUGUGUUGAAAUAAAUAAAGAUCAGUUCACAUGU